AAGUGUCAAAUAAAGCCGAAUUUUUAAAUGUUUGAAAACAUCUUCUAAAGUAAAAGUACAGAAAGAAUCUUCUUGCGAAAUAAGAAAUUAAUUACGUUUGUUAUAAAACAUGGAUUACGCACAGUUUGGAAAUAUGAUGGAAAAGAAUCGCAUUGACAGCUUUAAAAAAUGGCCGUUUAAUGAAAAUAGUGCUUGCAGUGUUAAAAAGAUGGCCGAGGCUGGGUUCUAUUGGAGUGGUAACGAGCGCGAACCAGACACAGUUACUUGUUACGUUUGCAACAAAACUCUUGAUGGUUGGGAACCGACUGAUGAUCCUUGGAAAGAACACUCAAAACAUGCUCCUCAGUGCAAUUUCGUAAAAUACGGUCGGAAAGAAGCAGAAUUGACGGUUCACGAGUUCAUUAAUAUAUUGAGUGUUGCGCUUAAAGCGCGUAUGGAACAAUAUUUUAAUAAAACCAUAGAAGAUUUUAAUAAAUGGGCUGAAAAGGAGAGAGCGAAAUUGACACUCAGCAAAUAAAUGAUCGCUGAACAUUUUUAGCAGUUAGGUUAUCAAACUAGAAUUAGAACAACAGACAUCAAUAAACGAAUACUUAUGAAAUUAUA